UCUUCCUUCCAGAAGUAAUUGUGCAAGGGAGCAAGGAGGCCUUCUUUCUCCCUGACGCACAGGAAGCAGAGCAGUGCUCAGUUUUGAAGGGUCAGCCACAACCACUCGGCAAGGCAGGGAGAGGAGACGCACUGAGGCUGACAAUGGAGUCACCUUGGUUUGGGGCUGGGAAGCCCAUGGUCAGAGAGGAUUCUGACUUCAUUUUCUGUCUCUUCAGGAAGGAUGGCCCCGAGUCCCCACAGCCUGGGACUUCUCUUUGUCUACAUAAUGUAUUUUCUCAUUGGUCUCCCUGCCAACCUCCUGGCCCUGCGGGCCUUCGUGGGGCGGGUCCGCCAGCCUCACCCUGCGCCCGUUCACAUCCUCCUGCUCAGCCUGACGCUGGCGGACCUCCUGCUGCUGCUGCUGCUGCCCUUCAAGAUGGUUGAGGCCGCCUACGAUUUCUGGCCCUUGGGGGAUGUCCUCUGUGCCCUCACUGCUUACGGCUUCUACAGCAGCAUCUACUACAGCACGUGGCUCCUGGCGGGCAUCGGCAUCGAGCGCUACCGCAGCGUGGCUUUCCCCGUGCAGUACAAGCAGUCCCGUCAACCCGUGUACGGAGUGAUCGCCUCUCUGGUCUCCUGCCUCUUGUCCUUCGGACGCUGCAGCAUUGUGAUCAUCGUCCAUUACUUACCAGCCAACAAGGUCGGGGGUGAGGCCAACGGCCUCCCUCUCUGCUAUGACAACUUCACCCAAGAGCAGCUGGCCAUAUUGCUUCCUGUGCGGCUAGAGCUGUGUCUCACCCUCUUCCUCAUCCCCAUGCUGGUCACCAUCUUCUGCUACUGGCGCUUUGUGCAUAUCAUGCUCUCCAGACCCCAAGUGGGGACGCGGAAGCGCUGGAGAGCGGUGGCGCUGGCCGCCGUGACCCUCUUCAACUUCCUGGUCUGCUUUGGGCCCUACAAUGUGUCUCACGUGGUGGGGUUCUUAGAGGGAAAAAGUGAAAAAUGGCGGGUGUACGCUGUGUUGCUCAGUGCUCUCAAUGCUUGCAUCGACCCCUUGGUUUUCUAUUUCUCCUCCUCAGUUAUGCGCAAAGCCUUGGAUAGGAGGCUACGGAGUCUGCAGAGCUGGGCUGCCUCGUUGGCAGGGCGCUGCAGGAGAAAGGCUGGAGAAGCCGCCGCAGAGAGAGGAGAUGAGAGUUUGGGUAUGGCCAACGUCGGCUUCACAGGAGACCAACUCUGCCAGCUCGGGGAAACAUUUUGCGGGGAGGGCUCCAAACGGGGAACAGUGAAACAGAACUGGGGUGAGUUCACCUGUGCCUAG